GGUCUGCAGGAGGUUUUAGAUGAACAUAAGCUCAGUCUGAGGAGGAGAUGUGAACAUGUGACUGAAGGAACUGAUGAAACGGGAAGUAGAACCCUCCUCAACAGGAUCUACACUGAGCUCUACAUCACAGAGGACAGAGUGAAGGUUAAUACUCAACAUGAGGUGAGGCAGCUUGAGACGGCUUCCAAGAUGAAGAGCCUCCACGACACUCCCAUCAAGUGCCACGACAUCUUUAAAGCCUCAACUGACCAGCAGAGCAGCAUCAGAGUAAGUCACAUUAGCAGGCGUCGCUGGCGUUGGAAAACCUUCUCGGUGCAGAAGUUCCUCUGGACUGGGCAGGGUUUAGAAAACCAAGAUGUGGGUCUGCUGACUGUGCUUUCGUAGGAGCUGAACCUGGUGAAAGACCAGCAGCACAGUCUUCUCACGCUGCUCCGUGUUUUCCAUCCAGCGUUACAGAAGCUCACGGCAGGAAGCUGCGCUGUCUGUAAACCUUUGUUCAUCUUUGACGGCCUGGAUGAAAGCAGACUUUCUCUGGACUUCAACCACAGGGAGCUCGUGUCUGAUGUCACACAGAGGUCAUCAGUCCAGAUGCUGCUGACAAACCUCAUCAGGAAUCUGCUUCCCUCGGCUCUCGUCUGGAUAACCUCCAGACCUACGGCUGACAAUCAGAUCCCUCCUGCAUGUGUUGACAGGGUCACAGAAGUACGAGGCUUCACUGGCGCCCAGAAGGAGAAGUACUUCAGGAGAAGGUUCAGUGAUGAAGAGCUGUGCAGCAGAAUCAUCUCACACAUCCAAGGCGUCCAGGAGCCUCCACAUCAUGUCCAAAUCCCAGUCUUCUGCUGGAUGAGUGCUACAGUUCUGGAGCACAUGUUGACCACAGACCAGAGAGGCUGCCCAAGACCUGACCUGACCUGUACUCACCUUCCUGCUGGUUCUGGACAAAGAGGAGAAGAACAACAAGUACGGUGAGGACAUGAGGCGACUCAACAGCAGCUGACGGAGGCUGACAGGGGCGUUCUUCUGAAGCUAGGGCUGGCACUUAAACAUCUGGAGAAGGAAACAUCAUGUUCUACCAGAAGACCUGGGCGGUGUGGUCUUAAUGUUACAGAGGCCUCAGUGUACUCAGGAGUUUGUCUUGAGAUCUUCAGAAGAGAGUGUGUGAUCUUCCAGAAAUCAGUCUACUGCUUUGUUCAUCUGAGCGUUCAGGAGUUUCUGGCUGCAGUCUACAUGUUCCACAGUUACACCAAGAGAACAGAAGAACUCAACAACUUGAGAACCUAUUGGAACACAGACAGUACCUUCUCCCUGGAUGACCUCCUGAAGAGAACCAUGGAGAAAUCCCUCACCAGUAAAAAUGGUCAUCUGGACCUGUUUGUUCGCUUCCUUCACGGCGUCAGUCUGGAGUCCAACCAGAGUCUUGGAGGCCUGCUGGGUCGGACAGAGAACAAUCCAAGAAUCAUCAGAGAAGUCAUCAGCAAUCUGAAGGAGAUGCAGAGUGAUGACAUUUCUGACAGAAGCAUCAACAUCUUCCACUGGGCUGAGAUGAGCGACCACUCAGUUCAUCAGCAGAUCUCGCAACAGUUCCACAGUCAGAAGACAGAUGAAGAGGAACUCUCUGAGAUCCACUGCUCAGCUCUGGCCUACAUGCUGCAGAUGUCAGAGGAGGUUCUGGAUGAGUUGGACCUGGAGAAGUUCAACACAUCAGACCAGGGUCGACAGAGACUGAUCCCAGCAGUGAGGAACUGCAGGAAGGCUUCGACUUGUGGUUGUCGACUCUCAGAACUCACUGUGAAGUCGUGGCCUCAGCUCUGAAGUGAGACCUCACAUCUGGGAGAACUGGAUCUGAGUGGAAAUCCCCUGCAGGAUUCAGGAGUGAAGCUGCUGUGUUCUGGACUGGAGAGUCCAAACUGCCGGACAUGAAGUAUAAAUCUUGCUAGCUGCAUUCUGUCAGAGAUCAGCUGUUCUUCUCUGGCUUCAGCUCUGAGGUCAAACCCCUCUCAUCUGAGAGAACUGGAUCUGAGUAACAACGACCUGCAGGACUCAGGAGUGAAGGAGCUGUGUGGUUUUCUACAGAGUCCAACCUGUCGACUGGAG